CAUGUUAGUCACGGAUUACCGCAAAUCACAGCUUCAGAUUAACUGUGCUUCAUACUCUCUGGUGUACAGUCCUUGUGUCCUUGUGCCAUCUGCAGUUAUAAAUCUUCCCUAAUUUUCCAAGAUCCAGGGUAGGAUCCACGUAAAAUGGCGGACGCUGCUCCAGCCGGUGGACGAGGUGCAUUCCGCGGUGGGUUUGGGUCUCGAGGAGGUCGUGGUGGUCAGCGAGGUCGUGGACGUGGCCGUGGACGCGGAAGAGGUCGAGGGAAGGAAGCAGAAAAAGAAUGGAUCCCCAUAACCAAGUUGGGUCGGCUUGUGAGGGAUGGCAAGAUUCGCACAUUGGAAGAGAUUUAUCUCUUUUCAUUGCCCAUUAAGGAAUUUGAAAUCAUCGACUUCUUCAUUGGAUCUUCUCUUAAGGAUGAGGUCUUGAAGAUCAUGCCUGUCCAGAAACAGACUCGUGCUGGACAGAGGACCAGAUUCAAAGCAUUUGUUGCUAUUGGUGACUCAAAUGGACAUAUUGGCCUGGGUGUGAAGUGUUCCAAAGAAGUAGCGACAGCAAUUCGAGGAGCUAUUAUUCUGGCUAAGCUGUCUGUGGUGCCUGUAAGGCGAGGAUACUGGGGUAACAAGAUUGGGAAACCUCACACAGUGCCCUGCAAGGUAACAGGUAAAUGUGGGUCGGUUCAGGUCCGUCUGAUUCCAGCCCCACGUGGUACGGGCAUUGUGUCAGCACCUGUUCCCAAGAAGUUGCUGCAGAUGGCUGGUAUUGAAGAUUGCUACACUUCAGCUAGAGGCUCCACUGGAACGCUCGGCAAUUUUGCCAAGGCAACAUACGCGGCCAUUGCCAAGACGUACGCAUAUCUGACUCCUGACCUGUGGAAGGAGAUGCCUCUAACAAAGGCUCCCUAUCAAGAGUUUGCAGACUUCUUGGCCAAAAACCAUCGUCCUGUGGGGGGCCAGCGAGAGUCAUAGUGCGUGCUUGUAAGGUGUAUCUGGUCCUCUGUGUAGUCUAAUAAAGGGACCAAUGUGAAAAAAUAAA